AUGGGCAGCUUGGACACCAACCCAACGACCUUCUCCGCCUUCCCCAACGACAAGGCGGCAGCGUUCGAGCCGCUAAACCCGGAAGAUGUUCGUGCAUACCUCCACAAGGCCGUCGACUUCAUCUCCGACUACUACACCAAUGUCGAGUCCAUGCCCGUUCUUCCUAACGUGAAGCCGGGAUACCUGCAGGACGAGCUCAGCGCGUCCCCCACGAGCGAAGCAAUGCUCGUCACGCUAGUCGCCGCACGUGAUGCCGCGCUGCGUCGGAGCGGCUCCGUUGGCGUGGCCGACCUGCCACGCUUGACUGUGUAUGCUGCCGACCAGACCCACUCCACGUUCUUCAAGGCAUGUCGGCUUGCAGGCUUUGAUCCCGCCAACAUUCGCUCCAUCCCUACCGGGCCAGAAACCGACUACGGGCUUGACCCGGCCAACCUUCUCGAGAUCAUACAAGCUGACGCCGACGCCGGCCUCAUGCCAACAUAUGUCUGUGCCACAGUGGGCACAACGUCUUCCAACGCCGUCGACCCGGUGGGCGCCGUCGCCGAUGUUGCCGCCAUGUUUAAUGCCUGGGUCCAUGUCGACGCUGCCUACGCUGGCAGUGCGUGCAUCUGCCCGGAGUUCCGCCACCAUCUCGAUGGCGUCGAGCGCGUGGACUCCAUAAGCAUGAGCCCACACAAAUGGCUUCUCACAUGUCUCGAUUGCACCUGUCUCUACGUCCGUGAUGCUCACCGCCUCAGCGACUCGCUGGAGACCAACCCAGAGUACCUCAAGAACGAUGCUACAGAGUCAGGCGAGGUCACCGAUCUUAAGGACAUGCAAGUCGGCGUCGGUCGGCGCUUCCGUGGGCUCAAGCUCUGGAUGGUCAUGCGCACCUAUGGUACCGCAAAGCUCCAAGAGCAUAUCCGUAGCGACGUCGCCAUGGCCAAGAUGUUUGAAGAUUUUGUUCGUGCCGACGACAGGUUCGAGGUGGUCGUACCAAGGAACUUUGCUCUUGUGUGCUUCAGGAUCAAGGCGACUGGAGCCAUGACGGAGGAGGAUGCCGAUGAGGCUAACCGUGUGCUAAUGGAGAAUCUGAACAAGACCGGUAAGGCUUAUCUUGCACACACGGUGGUUGGUGAUAGGUUCGUGCUUCGGUUCGCCGUGGGGUCGUCCCUGCAGGAGGAGAGGCAUGUGAGGAGUGCCUGGGACCUCAUCAAGAAGACUACUAGCAGUAUCAUGGAUUAA